AUAGCGUGAUAAGCGAAGCUAAUAGCGUUUUUCUUAGAUUAGCGCUAAAACUGUGUAGCUUUAGCGGGAGCCCUCUCCCAACGCUAUAGUGAUGCUAUUUAAAACUAUGGUAUGAACUAUGAAAGCAAUGACAUGGACCGCGAAGUAGGAGGGAGCUUGAGUUUAAUAUUUCAGCUAAAGUCUACUUCCGCCGAUCCUAAAUUUAAGUUAUUGUUUUAGUGCGAAUUUGAACUAAAUCAACAAAAAGAAUUUAGGAUCGCAAGCUAAAAUCCCCGUCGUAGCUUCCCGAAUGGCCACAUUGGUAGUAUUUACGCGGCGUAAUUAAGAUCUGAAACCAGGUUUGGACCUAAACUAUUCCCGCGAACCAAAUUUAAGGUUGCUAAUGUAAGUUUUUUUUACAAAACUAAUGUAAGGAUUUUUGAGUUGUUGGACUAAAAUAUUUUGAUUCCGGCCACCAUCGACCGUCGCGACGGCACGGUGAAAUGGCGAAGGUGACCCGAAGCUUCGCAACCCGGCCAGCCAAAAUUGGUACACACUUUUACCUGGGCCGUCUGACGUCUCUUUCCUUCCACGCACGUAAAAGGACGAAAACAGCUGGUACGUCUUGACUCCAUUGGCUUGUCUUCUCUCUUGGCGUUCCGUCCUCACUCCUCGCUCACCCAUCUGAGCCGCACAUGCACUGCACGAACAACCAACGGGUACUACAGAUUGACCCGGUCAAAAGCCACUGGUGCGGUGUGGCAAAGAGAGCGAGGGCGAGAGCUAGAACACGAGGUGUGCGCGCCAACUCGCCGGCGCCGUCGUUGACAUCGACUUCCACCAACUCCAAGGAAGCCGCCGCUAGCUAGCUAGUAUUUGGUUCCCCAAGCCCCGAUCGUGAGACCAUCAAGAGCGAAGCCGAGCGCAGCGCAGGGAGACGACGAUGGCGGAGACGGCGAUCACGACGGUGCUGGCGAAGGUGGCGGAGCUGGUGGCGUGGGAGGCGGCGGUGCUGCUGGAGGUGGGCGACGACGUGCGCCUCCUCCGCGACAAGCUCGAGUGGCUCCACACCUUCAUCCGCGACGCCGACCGCAGGCGCCGCCUCCGCGACGACGAGUUCGUCGCCGUCUGGGUCCGCCAGACCCGCGACGUCGCCUUCGAGGCCGAGGACGCGCUCGACGACUUCCUCCACCGCGCCGGCCGCCAGCGACGCCGCCCGCGCCGCCCUUCCCCUCCGCUCGCCCCGCGAUCCGCCAACGCCAUGGCGUGGUGGCGCUGCUCCGUCUGGCGAUGGCGCUUGCCGCGCUGCGUGGGGCUGCAGGUGGCGCUGCGGCACGACCUCUCGGCCAGGAUCCGGCAGAUCAGGAAGAGGCUCGACGAGAUCUCCGCCAACCGCGCCGCCUACCACAUCGAGCACGCGCCCUCGCCCGCCUGGGCCGCCUCCUCCGCCACCACCCUUGCCGCCUGGGAUGAUCUGGAGGAGUGCACGGUGGGUUUCGGCAAGUACAGCGACAUGCUGAGGGAGCAGCUCCUGGACCUGGACGCCGCCGCCGCCGUCCCGGGCCGCGCCCUGGUCUCCAUCGUGGGCGAGAGCAGCAUCGGCAAGACCACGCUGGCGCGCAAGGUGUACCAGAGCCCCGAGGUCCGCAACCACUUCGAGAUCCGCACCUGGACCGUGCUCCCGCCCAACAGCCGCCCCGCCAACGUCCUCCGCGACAUCCACACGCAGGCCAGCUCCCAGCUGCGCCGCUCCGCGUCCUCCCAAGGCCAGACCCAGGCCGCCGCCGAAGACAGCAACGGCUGCUGCGACCGGCCGGCGUCGGGGAAGGAGAAGGACAUCAGCAACGCGCUGUUCCGGAACCUGACGGGCCGCCGGUACCUGGUGGUCGUGGACGGGAGCAUCUCGGUGACCGACUGGAACAGCCUGCGCGCGUCGCUCCCGGACGAGGGCAACGGCAGCAGGGUGCUCCUGGUCACGGACUCCGCGGGCCUGGAGGUGGUCGGGUACGGGCCGGCGUCGUACGAGCCCAUCGAGCUGACGCGGCUCAGCCCGGAGAACACGUACGAGGUGUUCCGGCGCCGGGUGUUCGGCCAUGGCGGCGGCGACUGCCCCGGCCGGCACAAGUCGAGGUACUACCAGGACGUGUUCCGCAUCACCCGGGGCCUGCCGCUCUCCGUCGUCGUCCUCGCGGGGGUCCUCCGGUCCAAAGAGCUGCCGGCAGAGUGGGAUCAGGUGAUGGCCCAGCUGCUGCCGGCGUCCAAGAACGGCAUCGGCAAUGGCGCUGGCGCGCGGCGGAUCAUGUCGCUGGCGUUCGACGACCUGCCGCACCACCUCAAGUCGUGCUUCCUCUACCUGGCGGCGAUGCCGGAGAGCGGCGCCGUGGACGCGCAGCGGCUGGUGCGGCUGUGGGUGGCGGAAGGGUUCGUGCGGCCACGGCGAGGGAGCACCAUGGAGGAAGUGGCGCAGGGUUACCUCAAGGAGCUCAUCUCCCGGUGCAUGGUGCAGCUGGUGCGCAAGGACGAGUUCGGGGCCGUGAUCCAGGUGUCCGUCCACGACCGCCUCCACGCCUUCGCCCAGGACGAGGCCCAGGAGGCCUGCUUCGUCGAGACCCACGACAGCACCGCCGACGUUCUCGCCCCGGCCACCGUGCGCCGCCUCGCCGUCCAGAGCCUGCAUGACCUUGGCGGCUGCUGCAACGCGCUGCCCAAGCUCCGGACCAUCGUCUGCGACUGGGGCGCCGCGACGAAGCCCACUGCCAGCGCAUGCGACCUGGGCUUCCUCCACGCCUCCAAGUUCCUCCGCGUCAUCGACAUCCAUGGCCUCGACCUCAGGAAACUGCCCAACGAGAUCGGCUCCAUGAUCCACAUUAGGUAUCUUGGGCUCCAAUGCGGGCAGCUGGAGAAGCUCCCGAGCACGAUCAGCAAGCUGGUGAACCUGCAGUCGCUGAUCCUCAAGGGCAGGAACGGCGUGGGCGUGCUGGGCGUGACCGCGGCCUUCUGGACGAUCCCGACGCUGCGGCACGUCGUGGCGCCGUUCGCGCUGCCGGGCUCCCUGGGCGACGCCCUCUACAGCCUCCAGACGCUCCACGGCGUGCAGCCGCACGGCUGGGACACGCGCCGCGGCGGCGGCGUGUGCAACCCGCUGGGGAGAGCCACGAACCUCCGAUCUCUCGAGCUGAGCGGGCUCACGGCGUUGCACGCCGGGGCGCUUACGGCGGCGCUCGAGAGCCUGGACCUGCUGGUGCACCUGGUGCUGCAGGGCGAGUCGCUGCCGCGGGGCGUGUUCAGCAUCCCCAGCCUCCGCCGGCUGCAGAGCCUCAGGCUGGUGGGUCCCAUCGAGCAGGGAUCGGGAUCGGCCGGCGACGAGGAAGAAGAAGAGGAGGAUGUGGACGUGGACGUGGUCCGGUACAUCCGGCCGAACCUGACGAGGCUGUCGAUGUGGGGAACCAUGGUGGGGCAGGGCUUCGUGGGCAUGCUGGGGGAGCUGCCGAGCCUGGCGGAGCUGACGCUCAUGUGGGGCGCCUACGACGGCGAGCGGAUGGCGUUCAGCGGGUUCCGGAGCCUGCAGAAGCUCAAGCUGGGCCUGCCGGAGCUGGAGGAGUGGGCGGUGAGCGCGGGGGCCAUGGCGGCGCUGGCUAGGCUCACGCUGCUCCGCUGCGCCGAGCUGCGGGUGCUCCCGGAGGCGCUCGCCGGGAUGAAGGAGCUGGAGGAGGUGGUGCUCUACAGCAUGCCCAAGAUGGUCGGGAGGAUCAAGGAGGAAGGGGGCGAGGAUCAUCACAAGAUCAAGCACGUCCCUGUCAUCCAAACCAUCUGGUAGUUACUUCCGGUGACAAAUUAUUUGUGCAAUCAGCACUGUAGUCUGUAGCCGCCAUUGUUGGAUCAGUAAUCUUUUCUUCUUUCCAGUGUUGUUAAUUGACCACCGAUGCUUUGCUAUGAGUACAUUUUACAUGA